AUGAAGUGGACCUUGAUUAUUGUGGCUAUUUCUAUGUAUUCUUUACAUGCAAAUUCAGAUCUUGAUACUGUUAAGCAAUUACUUACAGAUUUGAAAACAAAUGUGUAAUUGGACAUUGAAGCAUUAGAUGCAGCAUGGGAAUUACAUAAGAAAAACAAGCAGUCAGUGAUAGAUGCAUUAGGUUUUUCGACCCAAGAAUAGAGAACAGAGUGUUAAAAGAAGGAUGAUGAUGUGGAGAGUAAAAAGAGAGAUAUAAAAAUAACUAAUGAUUUUGUGGCCUGGAUGGAGAAAAGAUAGACAUUGAAUUCCAAUCGUUUGGGAGUAUUAGAAUAAAAUAGGUACAUUUACAAAUUCAUGCAAAUAGAUGUCAAUCAAGCAAUAAUUAUGUUCAUGAUAUUAAGAAUUAUAAAAUUGCAUUAGCACUAGUGAAGUUUUUGAGAGAACAACUAGAUAAGUUAGACUAGAAUGCAUCCCCUGCCUAGAAGCAAGAGUUCUUGUAAAAAGUGACCAAGUUUGUUUAGAUCUAUUAAACAGGUAAACUUUUAACAAUGGUUGAAAAUUUGCAAAUCAACAAUGAUGGUUCAUAUGUAUUGCCAACUGUCGAAGGUGAUGAAUACGACCUCAAUGAAGCAAUCUUAUCUUCAACAAGAGGAAAAAGAAAUGCAAAUAAAAUACUUCUAUAAUAACAAUAAACAACCGUUAUAGCAUCAGGUGAUGAUGACGAUAAAGCAGAUAGCGCAGUUGUUUUGAUUCCUAGUUAAUGUGAUGAUUCUAUCAACACAGUUAUCGUUGUAUAAAAUGAUGAUGGCACAAAUAGUGAUGAUGAUGAUUUACAUAUCAAAUUUACUAAUGGAGGAUCUGGCACUGGUGGCCAUACUAAACCUAAACCUGCUCCUAAACCUCAUGUGGAUCCUGUUCAUUAAGAAGAUACAACAGGAGAAGAAAGUGGCAGUCACUCAGCUGAUAAUGAUCACAACGAAGGAGAGGAUGAUGAGGAAACUGAAGAAUCGGAUAAUGAUAAUGCACACGAAUAAGAUGAUAAUAAUGCAGAAGAAUAGAAAUAAUAAGAUGAUAAUACAGAAGAAUCAACAGAUAAUGAUGAUGGCAAUGAGGAAGGUGAUCAUUCACAUGUUGAUGAUGCUGCUGAUGAUGGAUCCAAAAAGGGUGGUGAAGAUGGGUCAGGUGGUAAUAAGGCUGCAGUUCCUGAAGAAGAAGAAGAUUUAAGUGUAUGAUAAUAGAAAUAAUAUUAAGGAUAUCAGAAAGGUAUUAGAUGCUAUUGAAAAGCAUAGCAAGAAAUCACUAGAUUUAGAAUAAGAAGAUGAAGUCAGAAGUUCUAUGAUUUAUAUUGAUUUUAAACUACAUAUUGAAUUAGAAAAUCAAUAUUUUGAUAAACAAAUUGCUGGAGAAAAAGAAAACCUAGUAUCAUAACUAUAUUAAAUAUUAGAUCAAAUUAACUAAUCAACUCACCAGUAGAGUCUCUGUUGCUAGACAAUGUAAUGCUAGACUCAAACAAAUUUCUAUCGCUUACCAAGUCAGCCAAGAUGUACUUUGUUUUAUUUUAUGCUUUUAGGAUUACAAUGACUCAUAUCAACAUUACUUGGAACUCAGAAAGUAAAAGGAAGAGGAGUUGGCAACAUUUGAAGACAUUUACAGAAUUUAUACCAAUUAGGUUGUCUGA